GUCUUUAUUUAGUCCUGCGGCGGGCACAGACGCGCGUUCAUCUCUCGGCUCUCGGUGACACAAAGCCUGGUUGACCACCCCUGGACGCGUCAACAGAGCAUUCAGCGUCCACCGACAUAGACACUGUUGUGCGACGCGGGCGCGUCACAAUCGUCGCGUUCUAGCGUGGUGCGCCGCGACCGUCUCCGCUCGCCGCGCGUGGCUGAACUGUGAGACUGUGUGAUUGUCCAGCUAUGGCUGCGGCAACUCCGACCAGUGAAGCUAGCGACGAGGGGGACAAGGGCAUCUAUGAGGCCGUCUCCAAAGUGUUGGAGGGAUACGAUUGGACCCUGGUGCCUAUGCUGAACAGAGCAUCCGGCCGAGGUCGAUCCCACGUGAAGAGACCGAUGAACGCCUUCAUGGUGUGGGCGCAGGCGGCGAGAAAGAAACUGGCCGACCAGUACCCGCAGCUGCACAACGCCGAGCUUAGCAAGACGCUCGGAAAACUGUGGAGACUGCUCAGCGAUGCCGACAAACGACCCUUUAUUGAGGAGGCGGAGAAACUCCGACGGCAGCAUAAAAAGGAUCAUCCUGACUACAAGUAUCAGCCCCGACGCCGAAAAGCCCUCAAAGGACCCGCCUGUGCCGCCAGUCAGCAGGGGAACACGGUUGUGUUCAAUACGAGUCGGCAACACACCAUGGAAGAGGCAGCCGAGGCGGCCCGACUGGCAGCCUCUCAAGGUCAAGGUCAGGGUCAAGGUCACGGCCCUCCUACGCCGCCGACCACGCCUCAGGCGGAACUGCUACGAGACAACAAACAGGCAAUGGGCUUCCUCCAGGGCAGUCCCGGCGGCCUCAGCUGCUACGGUACGCGACCCGCAGCCAGCGCCCUGGCUCGAGGUCAAUGCACCGCGGUCGCCAGCCAAUCAGCGUGCGCCUCGGCCGCCGGCCGACCCACAAUGCCCCAGGCGUCGCCUGAAGACGCGUCCAAGGUCACGUGGCCUAAGGAGGAUUCGUAUCGCAGCCACCAGGCGGCCGCCGCAGCCGCUGCCGCUGCUGCCGGCAGCUCCGGCGGGGUCGGCGUCGCCUCUUCUCAGCUCUCUCAGCUGCCUCAGGCGAUGGCCUGUGAUGCCUUCUACAGUCAAACCGGCUUCAAACCCGACGACGAUCGACUGUACAGGGGUCAUGAAGAGCGCGUUUACCGCGGUCAGCCAUUCAGCAGUCAGCUGAUUGCACCGUCAGCUGGCUACUCAGCUGAAAACAUGGCGUACUACCAGAACCUGUAUCAGUAUCCCAGCCAGCGACCUUACGAUGCCAAUGAUCCGUGGACUUUUAUGUGAUGACGUCAAAGAAAUGGCGUUGACCAAUAACGGAUCGGUACAGCGUGGUAAAUGACGUCAGAGAAGGGACUCGAGUAAUGGAACUGGGGAGUGUUGUUAGUAAUGUAUGUUUAAGCUUGUUGUAUUGAAGACUUUCUGCUGUUAAAAGUGUCGCUGAAAUGUGCCAUGUUCCCGACCGAAUAGUGUCAUUCGUUCACAAAUGUUGAAGCGGACUUGAACGACUAUGUGUAAUGUCUGAAGCUGUAACAAAAUGUUACAUAACACUGCAGAUAUUGCAACAAAAUGUUAUGGCAUGCCACGAAAUAAUACUACUACACAGUACACAAUCAGCCGUGCUAAGUGCCUUGGAAAGGAAAAAUCGCUCUAAAACUCAGUGCCUGAAAGAUCACACAGGAAGAGACUCAGUGAUACAACAGUGUACGCUUUGGCACGUCACAACGCCACCCGCCACGUGCCAAAACGUGCCAAAUGCCACGUGCCAAAACGGUCGGUAACUGCGCGUGCAAAAUGGCACGUUUGUAAUGAGCCGGACCAGAGGUGAUGAGUGGAAUGUGGCGCGAGAGAAAUGGCGCGAGUGCGUCUGCUAAAGUGUUGAAUAAGUUAGCGUUGCUAAAACCAACAUUGCGUUAGUUUGAGCGUGGGCACGUUGUGUACAGUUUUUAUGUUGGCAGUUUGUGACAGGAAUUAAAUGGAUGUGUUGACUUCUUUCGUUAAGCUUAAUUGAUGCGGUUAGAUUGUUGAUCAUGUUUUAUCUGUGCUUUCCGAUAAGCUUAUGUCAAAGUGUGUUUGUGUGUUGUUUGUUUGGUUGGAUGGGAAUGUGAGACAUACAGUUUAGAACUUAUGUGCCUUUUGUCGCCUAACGCAUAAUUCCUGAUCAAUGUGUGCGCUUAGUUGCAGGUAACCUAUCAAUUAAAUAGUCAUUUGCUCUAUUUCUUACCUUGUAAAAAUAUGUUGUUUUAUCUGUGCCAUGAAUAUACGAGGGAAAAAUUGCCGUUGAUAAA